AUGGAACGCAAUCAACUGCGACGAAAACUUGCUAAUAUGAGACAAUCUCUCUUUGAACAGGGGUAUCUAGACGAACAAUUCACUCAGCUGGAGGAGCUGCAGGAUGAUGCUAAUCCUAACUUUGUAGAAGAAGUUGUCACAUUGUUCUAUAGGGAUUCAGCCCGAACAAUCCAAAAUAUUGAGCAAGCACUGGAGAAGAACCCUCUUGAUUUCGCUCAACUGGAUAGCUACAUGCACCAGUUCAAAGGAAGCUGUUCAAGCAUUGGAGCCGUGAAGGUUAAAAGUGAAAGCACGCAAUUCAGGAAUUACUGCAAAGAAGGAAAUGCAGAAGGAUGCAGGAGAACUUUCCACCAGCUAAAGAAAGAAUAUGCUGCACUCAAAAAGAAGCUGGAGCUUUAUUUUCAGUAUGCAAGACAAGCUGGACCAGAUGAGACAGCGUGUCGCCCAAAGUAAUCUGUGAAGAAUCUUAGCAGAAGUGGGCGGACAAAUAUAUAAGUUAGCUAGCUGGU